CUUACCCUGCCCUAGCGUGUGGUGUUCUGAGGCCCACGCUGGGCAAGCCUGCUUCUAAAAGCAGCCGUUGGCAGCUGUCUUUCUGGGCGCCCACCCAGCAGCUAGCAGGGCAAGGGAAAUUGGCACGGGCUACGGCAAGCCGAGGCCUGCUGCGGCGGCUGGAUGAAGCCCUCGGCCUGCCCCCUGUCUUCCAGACGCUCCCCGCUGCAAAGACUUGACUGUGGGUACCCCGAUGUACCUGGUGUUCCUGAGAUUUGUGAUGGGCCACCGCUGGCUAUGCCUGGUGUUUGCUGUCCUUGCAGCUGCUCCCAACCACAUGGGAGGCGACGUGCCUGUGACAGAGGUCCCUGUUGCCCGUCGGUGGGCACCAUGUCUGCAGGACGAGAACCCAGAACCACAGGAGGAACACCUGGUGGUGCCCAACUUCAGCACUUGCAUGCUACGUUGUGCCGCCCAAGCCAUGCUCGGAAUAGUCAACACCAAGCCCAGCACCUCACUGAAACUCAACGAAGGCAGGGAAGGUGAAGAUCACGAAUUCUGCUGGAUGCUGCGUCUCCGCUGCCAGAAGGGAGAGAGGCUCACCAAGGCCUUCAUCCUCCUAAACUUGGAGCAGCCUAGAGAUAGGGUUCAGCCACCUCCCUACAGGUUGCUCCUCACCGCCCCUCCCUCGCUACGCCUGCAUGUGCGAGCCCACCACGGCAGCCGUGCCAUGAGGCUGCUUCCAGAAGAAGCCUGCGGCAUGCGCUUUGAUGUGACUGAGCCCUUCCGUAGUGCUGAAGGGGGGCAGGCUGCAGAGAUGUGCGUCAGGGCCAUCUGUCCUGUAGACGAUACCUGCAGCAGCUUGUCUUUGGGAUUCCGGUGCCCACCCUUCCUGGCUACAUUGUGGCGUAGUGUACCUCGGCCUGAUGGCUAGGCGACAGAAAGGCAGGCCAGGCUUGCUUCAUGAUGGAGGGAGGCCUAGCAUCUCUUGGGAGCAGAUGGUGAGGGGAGAGGGCACUAAUUCACACGCACAGACCCAUGCUCAGAAGUAUUGUAAGAGACUGAAAAACCCUGUGAAGGUGGUGGUGUUAGCACUCCUUGUCAAGACUGGGGAGAGGACCCAUGAAAGGGGAUGGUUAUUGUUUCUUGUUCAGUCAUUGAGCCAUUGACGGUGGGUGGGACGCUGGGGUUACCUCAUUUGCUAGAACUGUUACCUUCCCAUUCUCCCACCUUUACCUGGCUGAAUCGUGGUGUCCAGUUCCCUAUGUCACUUUCCUCUCAAUCCAUUCCUUUGUUCUCUUAGGCCUUUUUUUGAUUAACUCUUGGAAGACUACUGCUAUUGAUAAGGUCUGAACUAAAUGUUAUCCCCAGGUACCUGAAGUGGAAGAGGCGAAAGCUUUGUAAUACAGCCAAAUCUCCUACUGUGUGAGGCUUUUAGAAUAAACCAGCUAAGCCUCUAGAGUAGAAUUUUCUGCUACCCAGUGUUUUAGACUCUCACCUCACUCAGGAUAUCUGCACUGCUACAUGGAGUUAUCCAAGAAAGUAAAUAAGGUUCUCUGAUUAACAUAGAAAAGUACCAAAAGUGUUACAUGUUUUAGGCACUCCAUUCCACCUUAAUAACCAAUACAAAGCAGUACAGAAAUCAAACAGAAUGAGAUGUAAAUUUAGGCCAGGGCUUCCAAAUAGCUCUGCGUAAAACAGAACAGUUAGAUUUGAGUUCAGAGAAUUUUGGGAUGAGCAAAACAGAGUAAUCUUAAACAAGAAAAAGGAACCUAUUCAAGAAGCUUAAAAGAUGGCAUAAAAGAAAGUGCCCUGUUCCGAUUUGGAUGAUAAAAGGUAAAUGAAACCAGCUCUACAACUUGCAUUGUUAUUGAUCUAUGUUACUGAUCUUGUCUAGCUUCAAAGCGAGGGUUGUUCUCAGGCAGGACAGGUUCCAAUGAGAUAGCACCAUUAAUAGGUACAUUCAAACACUUGGGCAAUUAACAGUCCAUAAAAACAGCAGCAACAGGAGCCAACACCAGCAUAAGAUCUCAAAAUGCAUCCUGCAAAUCAUACCUCAAUGCAAACAAUAACAGUAAUUAAGUUUAUCUGGCAAAGAAAUUCAAGGUAUGGUCUAUCUUCCAGUGUCCACCAGGCUGUGUACUUUUUAAUCGUUACAUGAUCAACAGAAAUUCUACAGGUGUUGCUUUUCCUGUUGCUGCAUCUUUAUGGUGUGAUGAAAAGCAGGUGUGUGUCCAAUACACAUAGGAGUGUGUAUAUGGUUAAUCACUAUGUAUAUAUCUUGUUGUUGUUUUUUUAAAUAUGCCUUAAAAACUCAUGAUAUUGUUGCUGAAAGGGAAAGGGAACCUUCUUAUCCAGGACAUAUGCCAGGGCAUAUCCAUGGGAAAAAUUAGUACAAUGAAAAACCUAUAAUUCAAUUAGGAUACUGGCUUUUUUUCCUGAUGGGGUCUCCUGUAUCCAAAAUUCCAUUUCAGAGGCUAAGAUGAAAGCAUUGGUUUUGUCGUUUGCAUGAUGACUAUUGAAAGAACAGGAGGUAUGGGGUCAGGAAAGCUAUAGAGAUAAUAGUGGAUACUGAGUUUAAUGGGCAGGUAGUGUAGGGAUGGACUACAGCCUCACCAUAUGCCUGACCUUCCUCGCCUGUUUGUUUUGUGCUGUUAUAUUUCCAGUGAUAUGAACAGGCACUUCUCAUUGAUGCACAUUUGAAUAAGACUUUAUGCCUCUAUAUUUAAGAGUAUCAGGUAUCAGCUAAGAAUCUCCAGUUUGCAUCUCAGUUCAACAAUAAAUA